AUGAAAUAUUCGUUUUCCAAAAAAAUAUUUUUUGUAUUGACUUUUUGUAAGAUAACGAUAAUUUACAUAUAUAUUUUAUUUAUUUUCUAUAUUUCCUUGAUUUAUCCGCAUUUAAAAAUUUUAUCCGCAAAUAUUUUCCCUUUGUUGUAAAGAGAAGAAAACACAAAAAACAACCAUUCAUUCAUAAAAGCAGCUGCAGCUAUUCACAUAAAUAAAUACACACACGUCCAAGCAAUAGACCUCUUUUUUGUAUUUUUCUCUAAUAAUUUAAAUGUCUCUCAUAUUUUUAUAUUUUCUCUCAUUCCUGACAGUCAGAGAGAAAUUGUUAGAGAAAAAGGCCUAGCACCAGCCUUUAUUCUUCUUUCCACCCAUAUUAUUCUUCUCCCUAUUUUCCAGCCGAUAGCUGCUAUCCCCCCUCUCUCUCUUUUUCUUUUUAAAAAUAUAAAAGUCAAUUGUAAAAUGUCCAAAAAAUAUUUUUUU